AUGAAAUACAAAAAUAAUCGCGGCACAAUACUACAGUUACAAUUCAGAACUUUUCUCAAACGGAUAUUUUAG